UGUCUACGUUGAGGGGAAAGUAUUUGUAGGAGUUAUCCGUCGUUCUGGGAACAGUCUCUAAGGGAAAUACGUGUUAUUGUAAUUUACGCCUCAAACUUUCAUUAGUCGGAUCGUUUUGUGAUAUUUGUGUAACCAUAAUUCGUUUCCAAAUGACGCGGUAUGUAAGUAGUUGUUUCAUUACUCUGCUCGUUCUGUUCCUUUGGCGGGUCGAAGACAUCGCUGAGGCUUGCAGAUGCUCCCCUCCGCAUCCUCAACAGGCUUUUUGCGAUGCAGAUAUCGUGAUCAGGGCGAAGGUGGUUGGCAAGAAAGCUUUGUCUAACGAGAUCAAGUAUGACAUCCAACAGAUCAAGAUGUUCAAAGGUCCUGACCGGGUUAUCCACGCCGUCUUCACUUCAUCCUCCCCAGCCUCGUGUGGUGUGACCCUGGAAAUCAACAAGGCUUAUCUCUUCACGGGCAGCAUGAAUACUGAUGGCAGGAUGCAUUUAGUCAUGUGUGACUUUAUUCAGUACUGGGAGGACUUGAAUGGCACACAAAAGAAGAGCUUGACUCAACGCUACCAAAGCGGCUGUGAUUGCACGAUCAUCCGCUGCUCUUCCCUCCCCUGUCCCGUCAGCGCCCCAGAUGAGUGCCUUUGGACAGACUGGUUGUUGGCCGAUGGCCAAAGCGGACCCCAGGCCAAGUACUCUGCCUGUCUCAAGAGGAGUGAUGGGUCCUGUUCCUGGUACAGUGGGAUGGCUCCAUCCAAGAAGUAGUUCCUGGAUAUUGACGACCCCUAAACUCUACAGGCCUUCCACUCACUGCUCAGGGGCUAAAUAUGCCUGCAAUUUAAAAGCUGGUCACUUCUUGUGCAAUAAAAAUAAACUUCUCCUCA